CCGCUAGGUUUUGGCGCGGACUGGCUAGUGUCCCGCGAGGAGAGUUCGGCCUGUGUGCGCGUGCGUAGCGCCCAAGGGGCCGGCCGGCACCUCCUGCGGGGCGGGGCCUUCGGUUCCCCGUCGACACCGCCUUCCUGCCCCGCCCCUCGCCGUGACCGGCCCGCCUCUCCUUCCUGGAGUCACAGCUGCGGCGGCGGCGGCGGCAGCGGCGGCCGCAGCCGGGCUGGGGGCGGCGAGUGGCCUGCGCGACACGCGCCGGCCUCGACCCUAUGCUUUGAUUCGCGUGGCGCAGGCGCCUACUGCCCCGCCGGCGGGGCCCGGGCUUCCUGCCGCAGGAUGUUUUCCCGAAGGAGCCACGGGGAUGUGAAGAAGUCCACCCAGAAGGUGCUGGACCCGAAGAAGGACGUGCUGACCCGCCUGAAGCACCUGCGGGCGCUGCUGGAUAAUGUGGAUGCAAAUGAUCUUAAGCAGUUUUUUGAGACCAACUAUUCUCAGAUAUAUUUCAUCUUCUAUGAAAAUUUUAUAACACUGGAAAAUAGUUUGAAAUUAAAAGGGAAUAAUAAGUCACAAAGGGAGGAGCUGGACUCCAUCCUCUUCCUUUUUGAAAAAAUACUGCAGUUUCUACCUGAACGAAUUUUCUUUCGAUGGCAUUACCAGAGUAUAGGCUCAACUUUAAAGAAGCUUCUACACACUGGAAAUUCUAUUAAGAUAAGAUGUGAAGGAAUCAGGCUGUUUCUUCUGUGGCUUCAAGCACUUCAGACAAACUGUGCAGAAGAGCAGGUGCUGAUUUUUGCUUGCCUGGUGCCUGGUUUCCCAGCAAUCAUGUCAUCCAGGGGCCCUUGCACACUGGAGACACUCAUCAAUCCCAGCCCUAGUGUAUCUGAUGUAAAGAUAUAUCCAGAAGAAAUCACUCCACUCCUGCCAGCCAUAUCGGGGGAGAAGAUUGCUGAGGACCAGACCUGCUUUUUUCUUCAAAUACUGUUGAAGUAUAUGGUUAUUCAGGCUGCAAGCUUGGAGUGGAAGAAUAAGGAGAAUCAAGAUACUGGUUUUAAAUUUCUUUUUACAUUGUUUCGAAAGUAUUAUCUUCCUCAUUUAUUUCCAUCAUUUACUAAGUUAACAAACAUCUACAAACCUGUACUUGACAUCCCCCAUUUGAGACCAAAGCCUGUGUACGUUACUACAACUCGAGACAAUGAGAACAUUUACAGUACAAAAAUUCCAUAUAUGGCAGCUCGUGUUGUUUUUAUUAAGUGGAUUGUAACCUUCUUUUUGGAAAAAAAGUAUCUAACUGCAACACAAAACACUAAAAAUGGAGUUGAUGUAUUGCCUAAAAUCAUCCAGACUGUUGGUGGUGGUGCUGUGCAGGAGAGAGCACCUGAGCUGGAUGGUGGUGGGCCCACGGAGCAGGACAAAAGCCAUUCUAACAGCAGCACCCUGUCGGACCGAAGACUCAGCAACUCCAGCCUCUGCAGCAUUGAAGAAGAGCACCGAAUGGUGUAUGAAAUGGUACAGCGGAUUCUCUUGUCAACACGAGGUUAUGUCAACUUCGUGAAUGAAGUAUUUCACCAGGCAUUUUUGUUGCCUUCCUGUGAGGUAGCUGUAACAAGAAAAGUAGUUCAAGUGUACAGAAAGUGGAUUCUCCAGGACAAACCUGUGUUCAUGGAAGAGCCAGAUAGAAAAGAUGUUGCCCAAGAAGAUGCUGAAAAAUUAGGAUUUUCCGAGACUGAUAGCAAGGAGGCCUCGUCUGAAAGUUCUGGUCAUAAACGAUCUUCCAGUUGGGGACGCACGUACUCCUUCACAAGUGCAAUGAGCAGAGGGUGUGUGACAGAGGAGGAAAAUACAAAUGUGAAAGCCGGCGUCCAGGCUUUGUUGCAGGUAUUUUUGACGAACUCUGCAAACGUCUUUUUGUUGGAACCAUGUGCUGAAGUUCCUGUGCUCUUGAAAGAACAAGUUGAUGCUUGUAAAGCUGUUUUGAUUAUUUUUAGGCGCAUGAUAAUGGAGCUUACAAUGAAUAAAAAGACAUGGGAACAGAUGUUGCAAAUACUCCUCAGGAUAACAGAAGCUGUCAUGCAGAAGCCAAAGGAUAAACAAAUAAAGGACUUGUUUGCCCAGAGCUUGGCAGGGUUACUAUUUAGGACGCUCAUGGUGGCUUGGAUCCGAGCAAACCUCUGUGUGUACAUUUCUCGAGAGCUCUGGGAUGACUUUCUUGGUGUGCUGUCCUCCCUCACGGAAUGGGAGGAACUUAUAAACGAGUGGGCCAACAUUAUGGACUCCUUGACAGCAGUGCUUGCAAGAACCGUUUAUGGAGUUGAGAUGACAAACCUACCUCUGGAUAAAUUAAGUGAACAAAAGGAAAAGAAGCAACGAGGCAAAGGCUGUGUUCUAGAUCCUCAGAAAGGAACCACCGUGGGGAGAUCCUUUUCUCUCAGCUGGCGGAGCCACCCAGAUGUGACCGAACCGAUGCGAUUUAGGAGUGCCACCACGUCUGGAGCACCAGGAGUGGAAAAGGCGAGAAAUAUUGUUCGCCAAAAAGCAACUGAAGUGGAGGAAUGUCAACAGUCAGAAAAUGCACCUGCAGCUGGAUCUGGCCAUCUCACGGUGGGACAGCAGCAGCAGGUCCUUCGGAGCAGCAGCACCUCCGACAUCCCCGAGCCGCUGUGCUCAGAUUCUUCUCAGGGUCAAAAGGCAGAAAACACACAGAAUUCGAGUUCUUCAGAGCCUCAGCCUAUUCAAGAGAAUAAAGGACAUGUGAAGAGAGAACAUGAAGGAAUAACAAUCUUAGUUCGAAGAAGCAGCAGCCCUGAUGAAUUGGAUUUGAAAGAUGAUUUGCAGCAGACACAAGGAAAAUGUAGGGAAAGACAGAAGAGUGAAAGUACCAACAGUGACACAACUCUGGGCUGUACCAAUGAGGCAGAGCUGUCCAUGGGCCCAUGGCAGACCUGUGAGGAAGACCCAGAGCUGAAUACUCCCACAGAUGUUGUGGCUGAUGCUGAUGCCCGUCAUUGGUUACAACUGAGUCCCACCGAUGCUUCAAAUUUAACAGAUAGCAGCGAGUGCCUCGCAGAUGACUGUAGUAUAAUCGCUGGGGGGAGCCUCACUGGUUGGCACCCAGACUCUGCUGCUGUGUUAUGGCGAAGGGUCUUAGGGAUCCUCGGAGAUGUGAAUAACAUCCAGUCACCCAAGAUCCAUGCCAGAGUUUUCUGCUAUCUCUAUGAACUCUGGUACAAACUAGCAAAGAUACGGGAUAAUCUAGCAAUAAGCCUGGAUAACCAGUCGUCUCCAUCUCCUCCAGUUUUGAUCCCACCACUCAGAAUGUUUGCAUCAUGGCUAUUUAAGGCGGCGACACUGCCAAAUGAAUAUAAGGAAGGCAAACUGCAAGCCUACAGGCUGAUCUGUGCCAUGAUGACCAGACGCCAGGACGUUCUGCCAAACUCAGAUUUCCUGGUGCAUUUUUACCUUGUGAUGCACCUGGGAUUAACCAGCGAGGAUCAGGAUAUCUUAAAUACCAUCAUAAGGCACUGUCCACCCCGCUUUUUCUCCCUGGGUUUUCCUGGCUUCUCAAUGCUGGUGGGGGACUUCAUCACGGCCGCUGCCAGGGUCCUUAGCACAGACAUGUUGACGGCACCUCGUUCAGAGGCUGUCACUGUCCUCGGCUCUCUGGUCUGCUUUCCAAAUACCUACCAGGAGAUUCCUUUACUGCAGUCAGUGCCAGAAGUAAAUGAGGCCAUUACAGGAACUGAAGAUGUCAAGCAUUACCUCAUAAAUAUUUUACUGAAGAAUGCCACAGAAGAACCAAAUGAAUAUGCAAGAUGCAUUGCCGUUUGCUCCCUUGGGGUCUGGAUAUGUGAAGAGCUUGCACAGUGUACAAGCCACCCUCAGGUGAAAGAGGCCAUCAAUGUGAUAGGAGUAACUCUGAAGUUUCCCAACAAAAUCGUGGCCCAGGUAGCUUGCGAUGUGCUUCAGUUGCUGGUUUCCUACUGGGAGAAGCUUCAGAUGUUUGAAUCCUCUCUGCCUCGGAAAAUGGCAGAAAUCCUUGUGGCCACAAUUGCUUUUCUUUUACCAAGUGCAGAGUACUCCUCAGUGGAAACAGACAAGAAGUUUAUUGUGUCCUUGCUGCUCUGCCUCUUGGACUGGUGCAUGGCAUUGCCCGUGAGUGUCCUUCUCCACCCCGUGUCCACGGCGGUCCUAGAGGAGCAGCAUUCAGCCAGAGCCCCCUUGCUGGAUUAUAUCUACAGGGUUUUGCACUGCUGUGUGUGUGGGUCAAGCACGUACACCCAACAGAGUCACUACACACUGACCCUGGCUGACUUGUCAUCCACGGAUUAUGACCCCUUCCUGCCACUGGCGAAUGUGAAGAGCUCUGAGCCAGUCCAGUGUCAUUCGUCAGCAGAAUUGGGUAACCUGCUGACUGUUGAAGAGGAGAAGAAGAGAAGAAGUUUGGAGUUGAUCCCUUUGACUGCUCGAAUGGUUAUGGCCCACCUGGUGAACCACCUGGGGCACUACCCCCUCAGUGGGGGCCCUGCCAUACUGCACAGCCUUGUCAGCGAGAACCACGACAAUGCCCAUGUGGAAGGCUCUGAGCUGUCCUCUGAGGUGUUCAGAAGCCCAAACCUGCAGCUGUUUGUAUUUAACGAUAGCACCCUCAUCUCCUACCUUCAGACACCCACAGAAGGACCGGCAGGGGGAUCACCAGUGGGCUCUCUCUCUGAUGUGAGAGUAAUUGUGAGGGAUAUCUCAGGGAAGUAUUCUUGGGAUGGUAAGGUUUUAUAUGGACCUUUGGAAGGCUGCUUAGCCCCCAAUGGAAGAAAUCCUUCAUUUCUGAUUUCGAGCUGGCAUCAUGACACAUUUGGACCUCAGAAAGACUCUUCACAAGUUGAGGAGGGGGAUGAUGUUCUUGACAAAUUACUUGAAAACAUUGGCCAUACAAGUCCUGAAUGCCUUUUACCAUCACAGCUAAAUCUAAAUGAACCUUCCCUACCCCCAUGUGGCAUGAACUAUGACCAAGAGAAGGAAAUCAUCGAGGUCAUUUUGCGCCAAAAUGCUCAAGAGCAUGAGUAUAUCCAGAGUCAUAACUUCGAUUCUGCAAUGAAAGUCAUCAGCCAAGGGCAGCCCUCCCCAGUGGAGCCCCGAGGACCCUUUUAUUUCUGCAGGUUAUUGCUUGAUGACUUGGGCAUGAAUUCUUGGGACAGAAGGAAGAAUUUUCAUCUGUUGAAGAAAAAUUCAAAAUUAUUGAGAGAGCUGAAAAAUUUGGACUCCCGCCAGUGCCGUGAGACACACAAAAUCGCAGUGUUUUACAUUGCUGAAGGUCAAGAAGACAAGUGUUCAAUCCUCUCUAAUGAAAGAGGAAGCCAAGCAUAUGAAGACUUUGUUGCUGGACUUGGAUGGGAGGUGGAUCUCUCCACCCACUGUGGGUUCAUGGGUGGCCUUCAGCGCAAUGGCAGCACCGGGCAGACAGCCCCUUACUAUGCUACCUCGACUGUGGAAGUGAUUUUCCACGUUUCCACUCGAAUGCCGUCAGACUCAGAUGAUUCCCUCACCAAAAAGCUUCGUCACUUGGGGAAUGACGAGGUCCAUAUCGUCUGGUCUGAACACUCCAGAGACUACCGCAGGGGUAUUAUCCCAACCGCCUUUGGAGAUGUUUCAAUCAUUAUUUACCCAAUGAAGAAUCACAUGUUCUUCAUCGCGAUAACGAAGAAACCUGAGGUUCCAUUUUUUGGGCCUCUGUUUGAUGGAGCCAUAGUGAGUGGGAAGCUGCUGCCAAGCCUUGUAUGUGCCACGUGCAUCAACGCCAGCAGGGCUGUGAAGUGCCUCAUCCCACUCUACCAGAGCUUCUAUGAAGAGCGAGCUCUGUAUCUCGAAGCAAUAAUUCAGAACCACCGCGAAGUAAUGACAUUCGAGGAUUUCGCAGCCCAAGUCUUUUCUCCCUCUCCCAGCUACUCCCUCAGCGGAACGGGGGCCCUGGCCUCCAGUCUGAGUGCUGACCUCGAAGAGCCCCUGAGUGAGGAGGAGACAGAACACCCUCUCCUGCCUCUGCCCCGAGCCACUAAACCAAGAAUCUCCAGGAAAUUUCGUUGCUGUACUAGUGCCCUCAGCAGGUCUUCCCAUUAGUGGACUUCUGAAGCCCAUGGUGAAUCCCACUACCGUGUCUCAGAUGGGACUCAAACUAGGCUGUAUCAUCUUGUCCUGAAACCUCACAAACCUUGGACUUCCAAAGAAGAAACGAAAAAGUCACCAAAAACCAGAGAUGAACCCACUGACACAUGGGCAUUGGUGUGGCUACUCGGGGCACAUCACAGCAGGAAAAGAUUCUGCACUUUCAGGGAGGGGGCGGAGGGCAGCUGGCUUCUGCACCCCAAGUUGUUUCUUCUCAUUUAUGAACCCAAGCAUGAUUCACAAAGGGGCUGGCAAAACAAUUGUCUAAUUGAGGAAUUUGAUCUGCAUUGAUGUUGCUAGUUCUUUUUAUGUUAGGAUUUAUGGUUUACUCAAAAAUUUCAUCAUCGUGGAAAUUGGCUUUCCCCAGGGUCUUUUGCCCAGGAGAAGUUUUACCUCAGUUGUCCAGUGUUUUCCCACAUGGUACCUGACACCCUGUAACUGAGCAGAGGUUCUCCUCACCACGCAGAGGCCCUUCAGGUCAUGACAGUGAUGCCCCUAUCUUAGAACACUCAGGAGAUUCCAGAAAUACAGGGUCCUGUCCUUGCAUAAGUUCCUGCAGGACAGGAAGUGUCCCAAGGCUCAAAACAGCACAGACCACAUCCACACAAAAGGCGCAUGCCGGCUUCAGGCGCUAGGCUGAGAUGGGCACCCCCCGAAUGGCCUUGUGCCUCCAAAAGCCUCACGCUGCAACUUUGCUGCUCCUGUCUGUUGCCCAGAGAGGCCUCAUACAGGCCUCAGAAAUGUUUCUUGUCACACAAAGCUUUCGGUAGCAGAUUCUAAGCAAGGGAUUUAAUCCUUACAUUUUUGCCCAUUUGGCUCCAAGGAAGGCUCAUUAGACCUGGUUGGUUUUUGUUUUUUGUUUUUCUUAAAAAAAAAAAAGAAUCAAUGAAUGAAUGAAAAGAGAAGCAAUGGUGAGCCCUCUCCUGCUGGGGGGCUCUGGGUGGGCCUUGCCCGUUCUGCAGCAGAGAGAUCAGUCAGCAGCAAAGAGCUGCUGGCGCAGGCUCCGAACUGUGUCCUGGACCCUUGACCUGCCUCAGAGCUAGAGAUUUGCUCCACCCCGCACUUCACUUGGGAAGUAAAUCCAAGAAACUUACCAGAGUCUAUCCCCACUGUGCAGGCUUUGUUGUCACAGCGGCCGGGGACAGAGCAAUGCCCUGCAGUGGGAAGGGACAGCAGCAGGAGAGAUGCAGCCCCUAACUCAGGGCUAAUGAUGGGUGGGCCGGUCCUGGGAAAGGUGGGCCCUGUGUAGGAGGCCUCCCCGCCUUCCUCUGCCCUCUGCCCUCUGCCCUUGCACACACUUGUUACCUUCAGGCUGUUUGGCCACCCAGGCCUGAAAAAGCCUUCUGAGGCUCUCACCCCAUCAGAGCAGCCAUUUUCACUGAGGAGCCAGUUUUUUCCAUUUGCUAUUGAGCUGGUUUGGCUGGAACCUGGCCUUCGUAGGGAAAACAGGGAGACCCAGGAGCCAGACUCACUCUUGGGACAAAUGAGAAAGAGCUGAGCCAGUCGUUCCUGUCGGAAGGGUGGGCUGCUCAUCCUGGAGAGAAUUUGCUUUUCUGCUUUAUAGGGGAUUGCAGGUAGGGCUUGAGGCCAGGCCCACUGACAGGAGCACCUUGAGAACCACCUGAACACAAGAGAAUGAGGGUGCCCCAAAGUGGAAGGAAGCUUCCGGCCCCUGGGCUGUUUUGGGAAGCGCCCAGGGUCCUCACGGGGGCUGAAGGGCAACGUGAAGAGUGACUGCAAGUCCUGGCAUUGUCUGUGGUGUCAGCAAACGCCCUUUUAUUUUAAAUGCUUCCAGACUUCUGGGCAGCGUAGCUUGGCCACCGUCACUCAGGCUUGAUCCUGCUGUUGAGCUGCUACCGUCUCCUGUUUACCUCACUCCUGUUGGGAAGGCCAUCACAUGCUCCUAGGCUCCAGAGCCCCCUGUAGGUCUCUACCAGCAGGUCGCCUCUGGGAGAACGUUUCAUCUUCAGGCUCUAGAAACUCCUGUUGCGGAAUUCCUGGCUUUAAUAGAAAAGAUACGUCAGGAUUUAGAAAUCGUAUUGAACUCUCCUGGACUUCUGCUCCAUGAUUUCAUUUUGCUUUCACGAACCAGCAAUCCCGACCUUGGGGUGGGAAAUUCAAUUGUAGGCAGCAAAUAACUCAACCCUCCUGUAACCCCUGAGGAUUAUAACGACCCCAUGACCCCCGAUGACAGCCAACAGUUUGGUGACUAGAGUUUUUUUGAGCCUGCCAUUCUCAGUAGCAGCUUUGGUCUGGAGAUCUGGAACGUGGAGCAGGGAAUCUGGCAGCCACGUUUCUCGUGAUCACAUGGACUGGAGUCGUUUUUGUUAUUUGGGGUGGAAAAUUGCAAUGAUCAAGUUUCUUUCUUUUUUUUUUUUUUUUACUUAGAAAAGCAAAUAUUGUGCUUUUGUAAUAAAUCCCUUUCAGCAAAAUUGCGGAGGAUCAUUCAUCCAAUAGGGCCCCACCUGAGGCACAGCGCUGACUCAUCACGGUGGUACCAGUAGGUAAGCCAUCUGGAAACAGAAGUGGCCCUAAUUGGGCCAAAAUGUGAUAAGACUCGCUGGCCUCAGGCAGGGCCAGGCCAGCUCCGUCACUUUUGUGCGCACCUAUUCCCAGAUUCUGUCCAGAGCAAAGCUGAUGUUUAUCGUCUCAUUGUACUUAGGCUUUCGUACUUUAAAAAAUUAUAACUUUUUACAAAUAAUCAAGCCUUCAGCAGACAGAAGUGAAGAAAUUUAGCCUGGGUUGCCUCAGCAACAAAGUCUGCAGUUCCUAACAGCCACAUGUUGGGGAAGUGGGGUGACCCAAACUUGGUGACAUGGGUUGAUUGAUCAGACCCUUAGCCUUACAAACAAGAGCUCAUGCAGAUCCACAGAGCCAUGCACAUCCCGUCUUCCUGACUUUCCUCAGGUGGCACCACCUGCGCCCCAUGGACCUGCUGUGUCGGUGUCAUGUGGAGGUCUGAUGAAUCCUUUCAAACCUAACUGUGAUGUCGUAAAUGUAACUGUGCUACCUUUAUAUCUACUAAAGGGGAAUGUCUGCAUCUGAGGGAAAUUCAGCAUGAGACAACCAUCGUUUUAGUUGCACUCAGUCUGUCCAUAUGACAUACACAUGAAGUGAAUGUUUCCUUAUGUUUUCAGGUCUACAAUGUUUAGUACAUGUAAAUAAGGAAAAAAUUUGAUAAAUAUGGUAAAUUAA